AUGACGCGUGCGGCAGCGCUUGCCGGGGUUUUGGCCCUGGCUGCAGCAGGCAGCAGCCUUGCUCUACCUACCGUACUUGACACAACAACUGGCACCCAAGUGGAGUGGACUGAGACCCCCUUAGACACAACAGAGGUAACUAUGGGGGAGAUGGGCAGCACCACCAGCGGUACGACUCCAACCAGCACUGGUGUGCGAAUGAUGGAGGCUGAAACUACAACCCCAUCAACCCCUGAGGCUCCCCAGCAGCAGCAGCAGAUGCCUCAGCCUCAACCUCAGCCACAGCAAACAACUCCCGUUCCUGAGGCCGUAUUAGAGGCAAUUAUGCAAGAAAUGCAAAAUAUUUUCCGUUCUUCUCUUGUACCAGGUUGGGAUACUGUCGGUACAGCAGCAGAUGCUGUACGUCAGAUUGUAACCCGUGUAAGAGAACGUCUUACAGGACCAUUAAUGAUGACAGAGAUGGAUACUGGUCUUGGUAGAACAGGGCCUUUAUCAACCACAGGUGCAACAGGAGCAACAACAGGUCCUGUUGCUGCAUUACGCGGUGUAACAAAUGAUUUCCUUAGGGAAAUAAUGAUUCAAGAAGCAGUACUUGAGACAUUAUGGGCAGUUGUACGUGAUGCACAAGAAAGACCAUGGCUAGUUAAUGAACAGGAAGCAUUGCAUGCAGCAACAGCAGAUGCUGUACAAGGUUUCCUUGGUCGCAUGCAUGAUCGUCUUCGUGCAACAGGUUUCUCUGAGGAAGAAGUCAUGAGACUUCUACCUAGGUCACGUAAUGGUGGUUGUACCCGUACAGGGGGCCUCUUUGAUCAAUGUAACGAUGCCCCUCCCUCUCGUCUUCUUGGUAAGAGGAUGUAUAGUACUGGAUAUUAUGGUUAUGGAUAUCCUUCUUAUUAUAGCUAUGGAUAUAGUUAUCCAGCUUAUUCACAUUAUCCUGUUUCUUAUCCUUACUAUGGGUAUAGCUGGGGCCCCUCAUACUACUAUGGCAGCGGAUACUAUGGUAAACAUGGAUAUAAGUACGGACAUUAUUACAGGAGACUUGCUGAGCAGGAACCAAGACCUGUUAUGCCUCCUGCAGCAGCAACUGCCGCAGCAAACCUAAGAGCAGCAGCAGCAGCAGCAGCAGAAGUACCACCACCACCACCACCAGCAGCAGUACCACCACCACCACCAGCAGCAGCAGCAGGUACCCCAGCUAUGAUGCCUCCUCCUAUGAUGGGUGUUGAAGAACCUGUUCCUUUCCGCUCCCUCUAUCCUAGCUAUAGCUGGAGUUAUCCAGCAUAUACUCGCGUGUCUCCCUCUUAUUCUUAUUAUACACCCUCUUAUAGUUCUUCUUACUAUUAUCCCCGUUAUAAUUAUGCCUAUAACUAUCCCUUAUAUUCAGACUAUAGCUGGUAUGAUUAUAGCUACCCCCUUGCCUACAGCAGCUAUAGUAGCUACCCCCUUUCCUAUAGUAGCUAUAGCUACCCCCUUAGCUAUACCUACCCUAGUGCCUUUUAUAGAAGACUAGAGGUCCCUGAUCUAACAACAACUACUACUACUCAUCAUGAGCAGCAGCAGCAGCAGCAGCAAGAAAGUACAACUACUGCUGUACCUACAGAAACCAUUACUACUCCCUCUACUCGUAAUACACACAGCAGCAGCCUAAGAAGAGUAGGAGAAAGAUAUGAGCCUAUUACCCCUACACAAAGAACUUUUUAUAAUAAUACAGAAGGUACUAACAACCCUGUCUAUACACCCGAAAAUCUUACAGAAGAUGAACCACAAACUGUAUGGGAAACAUACAACUAA